AUGCCUCGUAAAGCCGUAUCAGACUCUGAGACUGAUAGCGAUGUGCCACUAGCUGGAGGAUUCAUCAAAGACGAUCCAGAUCUCAAGAAGAAGAAGAGAACAUCCACUGCUGCUACUGGGAACAGAAGAAGAUCAGGAAGACUUACUGCAUCAAGAAAAACACCGAACUAUCUAGAGUCAGAUGUCAGUGGCGAAUCUGAUAAUGAAGAUUUCCAAUUAGAUGCUGAUAAGGCUGCAGGUGGUAGCAGUACUUUGACAACGCCACCAGAUGAAGGUGAAGAAGAAGAGGAAGAAGAUGUCAAACCAACAAAGAAAAGAAGAGGUACUAGACAGAGCUCAUCAAGUGCAAAGAGAAGGCUCAAACAGAUUGAAGAUGAUUAUGAUGAAUACAAUGAUGAUCGUGAUGAAAAUUAUAAAGGUGCUGAUGGUGAUGAAGAUGAUGAAGAAGAUGAUAUAGUGGUGAUAUCUGGAAGAAGAAAAAACGGCUCCUUCGAUCAACCAAUAGAACUAGAUGAUGAACUUGAAGAUUUGAAGGAUGAAGAUUCAGAUGCCCCAUUAGCUGAAACUAAACCUAAAAAGAAAACAAGAAAACCAGCAACUAGAAAACCAAGAGAGAAAAAACCUAAAGUUCCUUAUCAUACAAGAAUGACACAUAAAUUAUAUGAAUUCCAUCCUGAUUUAAAAGAUGUUUUCCCAUCUUUAGAACUUGCUGAAAAGAUAAAACCUGAAAGAGCUGAACAACCCAAAGGUAUGAGUAUUGAUUUAUUACCGUUCCAAUUAGAAGGUUUAAAUUGGCUUGUGAAGCAAGAAAAUGGUAUUUAUAAUGGGGGUAUCUUAGCAGAUGAAAUGGGUAUGGGUAAAACUAUACAAACUAUUGCUUUAUUCUUGAAUGAUACAUCAAAGAAGCCAAACUUGGUUAUUGCACCAACUGUUGCUAUAAUGCAAUGGAAAAAUGAAAUUGAACAAUAUGCUGGUGAUUCAUUAAGUGUUGGUGUUUUCCAUGGUAAUGCAAGAUCAACUGAUUUCGAUGUUGUACUGACAACUUAUGCAGUUUUGGAAAGUGUUUAUAGAAAACAACAAUAUGGGUUUAAGAGGAAACAUGGAUUAGUUAAAGAAAAAUCGUUAUUACAUCAAACUCAAUUCUAUAGAGUUAUUUUAGAUGAAGCUCAUAAUAUCAAAGAUCGUCAAAGUAAUACAGCAAAAGCUGCAAAUAAUCUGAUGACUCAAAAAAGAUGGUGUUUAUCUGGUACACCUUUACAAAAUCGUAUUGGUGAGAUGUAUUCAUUGAUUAGAUAUUUAGAUAUUGAACCAUUUGGACAAUAUUUUUGUACAAAAUGUCCAUGUAGGUCAAAAGAGUGGAAAUUUACAGAUUGGAGACAUUGUGAUCAAUGUGGUCAUGUUCCAAUGCAACAUACAAAUUUUUUCAAUCAUUUUAUGUUGAAAAAUAUUCAAAAAUUUGGUAUUGAAGGUGAAGGUAAAGUUUCAUUUACAAAUAUUCAAUCAUUAUUGAAAAAUAUAAUGUUAAGAAGAACCAAAGUUGAAAGAGCUGAUGAUUUAGGUUUACCACCAAGAGUGGAGGAAAUUAGAAGAGAUUUCUUUAAUGAAGAAGAAAAAGAUCUUUAUCAAAGUUUAUAUUCUGAUUCCAAAAGAAAAUUUAAUGAAUAUGUUGCUGAAGGUGUUGUCUUGAAUAAUUACGCAAAUAUUUUCACAUUAAUUACAAGAAUGAGACAAUUAGCUGAUCAUCCAGAUUUAGUAUUGAGAAGAGUUAAAAACAAUGCAGAUCUAUCAACAGAGAAUUUAAAUGGUGUUAUAGUUUGUCAACUUUGUGAUGAUGAAGCUGAAGAUCCAAUUGAAUCUAAAUGUCAUCAUAAGUUUUGUCGUAUGUGUAUCAAAGAGUAUAUGGAAAGUUUUGGAGGUGAAGAGAAAGAAUUAGAAUGUCCAGUUUGUCAUAUUGCAUUAAGUAUUGAUCUUUCAGCUCCAGCUAUUGAAGUAAAUAAUGAUGAUUUCAAAAAAGGUUCAAUUGUUAAUAGAAUUAAAAUGGGUGGUGAAUGGAGGUCAUCUACAAAGAUUGAAGCUUUAGUAGAAGAACUUUAUAAAUUAAGAAGUGAUAGACAAACUAUUAAAUCUAUUGUGUUUUCACAAUUUACAAGUAUGUUAGAUUUAAUUGAAUGGAGAUUGAAAAGAGCAGGUUUUCAAACUGUUAAAUUACAGGGUUCAAUGUCACCUAUUCAAAGAGAUAAUACAAUUCGUCAUUUUAUGGAAAAUACAAAUGUUGAAGUUUUCUUGGUCAGUUUGAAAGCUGGUGGUGUUGCUUUAAAUUUAUGUGAAGCUUCACAAGUUUUCUUAAUGGAUCCUUGGUGGAAUCCAUCUGUUGAAUGGCAAAGUGGUGAUAGAGUUCAUAGAAUUGGUCAAUUUAGACCUGUUAAAAUUACAAGAUUUUGUAUUGAAGAUAGUAUAGAAUCAAGAAUUAUAGAAUUACAAGAUAAGAAGGCAAAUAUGAUUCAUGCUACCAUUAACCAUGAUGAUGGUGCAAUUAAUAGAUUAACCCCUGAUGAUUUACAGUUUUUAUUUAUGAAUUAG